UGAACUGGGAUCUGUUGCAUUGUCCAUGAUUGAAGCUGAAAGAGAAAGAUCAUUCAACCUUGUCAUGGCUAACGUUCAUAUGAUCGAUAUGAACAUCCUCGAAUUUAUCCGAAUCAUGCUUAAGAAGAACAUUCCUGUUAUCUUGACCACAACCAGUGACCAUGCUAAAAUGGCUCUAAAAGGGUUAGAAGAAGGGGCAUCAUAUUUUUAUGAGAAACCAGUGUGUUUGGAUGAGCUUAGGCAUCUAUGGCAGCAUGUGUACAGGAGGAAAAGAAACUUAACAAAAUUGGAAGAAUCAAACAGUGUAGGAGCUGAAAGGGGGAAGCCUGGAAGGAAACCUAAAAAACUAAAGUUGGAAGAGCCUAGUGGUUCAGCUAAGGUUCCGAAAAAGAGAGGUCGAAAGCCGAAGAAUAAGGAGACACAGGUGGAAAAUGUGGAAGUAUUAGAUUGUGGAGCUGGCCAUCAAGAAUUAGCUGAUGAACCGACGGGGAAGAGGAAGGUGUAUGAAGAGGAAGUCCAGAUCAUGAGAGGCAAUGAAUAUCAGAAUAAGAAAAUUAGAGUUGCAGAGACAUAUAAUGGAAGUGGAGACCUUCUGGUGCCUAAUGAUCCAAAAGGGAAAUCGAAGCAAGUUGAAGAAGGAGUGAGACUGAUUGAGGACAAUGACAAGCCAAAAGAAACACAAAACUUUGGCAUUGAACUGAUAAACAAAGACAGAGAAUUUGGAAUGGAGGGGGAGCAGAUUAUUUCCAUGAAUGAAUUAGCGAAGGAGAACGCGGAGAAAGAAAUGAGAGACAAGAUUAUGAUCAUCGCUGGAGAAAAAAAGAAUCGCGUCCUUUGGACGAAAGAACUGCACUUGAAAUUCACAGAAGCUGUGAGCUUACUGGGAGAUGACAAAGCUGUUCCGAAAACAAUACUAGAGACGAUGAAUGCCCCUAAUUUGACUCAUCGCCAAGUCGCAAGCCACCUUCAGAAAUACAAAAAUCAAGUAAGGCAAAUUGGCAACACUGCCACCCCCACCUCCCCAACAGGACCUAAAUCAUCCAGCUUAAACAUAAGUGGAUUUCAACAAGUCCGAGAGAUGACCAAUGUACAGGCACAUGAGCAGAGCCAGGGAGGUUUCAACCUUGGAGGUAACAUAACACAGUCGCAGCAAAAACCAGUCGCAAUGCAUAAGUAUACGUUUCCCGACUUACCGACCAGUUUUAACGAAAGGCUGCAGUUGGCUUCCUCCUACAUUAAUGCACUAAAUCAAAACCAACUGGCGUUGCCAUUUCAAGGACUGGAUAUUAUGUCUGCUAAUGUCUCUUCAAGAAACCUAGUACCAUUGCCAAUGCAAGGAAUGGAUGCUAUACCCGGAAAUGUCACGUUGGGAAACCAACUGCUAAUUCCAACUCAAGGACUGGAUGCUAUGCCUGGACAUGUCUCCCCAAAUAAACCCUCAAUUGCAGAGAAGUAUCUGAUAAACUUCACUGAGGAGAACAAAGACUUAUCAGCUAUCAACGUUCCAGCCGGUCCGUCAGCCGGGCAGGAAUAUCAACAUCAGCAUCAGCAGCAUCAGUCCCUUGACAAUUACUCUGAUAUUCUGAAAUAUAUAGAAGAAGGUGGCAACAACAACAAGAAUUUAGAUUCAGAGGAGAUGGAUCAAUACUUGGAAUGGCUGAACUCGGAUUUGGUCUGAAACAGCACAGUUCCUAAUGGUCAUCUGGUGGAGCAUAGAUUGCGAUUUCUUCCUUGAGCAGGACUCCAAAAUCUUUAUCUUCUGAAAUAUUAUGGAUAAUGUAACUUUUGACCUUUCUAUACAUUAUUUUGGGUAUUAUCAGUUUGUCUUC